AUGGCGGAACUCAAAAAACUAGAUGAUGGUGUCAACGUUGUCAUAGACAAAUCACAUAGUGUAAAACUGAAGCGAUCUAUUGGUAUUGUAACCAGUAUCACCAUUUUAGUAGGAUCAAUGAUUGGCUCAGGAAUAUUUGUCAGUCCUACUGGUAUUCUGAGAAACGUUAGAAGCAUAGGAGCUAGUCUAAUUAUAUGGGUUGCAUGUGGGAUCUUCAGUAUGCUCGGAGCGUACUGUUAUGCAGAACUUGGCACGAUAGUAGAGCGAUCCGGAGGCGACUAUAUUUAUGUAUAUGAAGCAUUUGGACCAUUUAUUGGAUUUUUGCGUCUAUGGAUGGAAGUAAUGGUUGUAAGACCUUCAACUGUCGCUAUUGUGGCUUUAGCAUUUGGGCAAUAUGUUGUUGUACCUUUGUAUCCAGACUGUCCACUGCCCUUUACGUUGGUCAGAAUUUUGGCAGUUUUAUGUAUUACAUUUUUAACCUUUGCCAAUUCGUUUUCAAUCAAAUUUUCAACCAGAAUUCAAGAUAUAUUUACAUUUGCAAAACUUGCCGCUCUUAUAAUGAUCAUAGUAACUGGAUUUGUACAGAUUGGAUUUGGUCGUUAUGAAGGGCUGGAAGAACCUUUCGUCGAUUCGGACUGGAGUCCUGGUAAAAUAGCUAAUGCAUUUUACAGUGGUUUAUUUGCUUAUGGUGGCUGGAAUAACUUAAAUUGUAUGGUUGAAGAAAUGAAAAACCCCAGGAAACAUUUGCCUAUAGCAAUUGUGGUAUCGUGCUUAUUAGUGACCCUAGUUUACACAACUGCUAUUGUAGCUUAUGUAACAGUCGUACCAGUUGCAGAAAUGUUGACUUCAAGAGCUGUGGCUGUGUGUAUCAUAUCAAUAAUUUACUUACUUGCUGGGGAUAUUUUCACACUUAUGAGUUAUAUGGGUUUUGUUCAAUGGUUCGCAAUUGGUCUUUGUGUUCUGAUUGUGGUAAUUUUCCGAUUUACUCGUCGUAAUAUUCAACGUCCGGUUAAGGCUCCUAUAAUAUUCCCCAUUAUCUACUUAGUAGUUACUGCAUCUCUCCUAAUUUUCUCGUUUUAUGGCUCACCUCGAGAAUCAUUAGAUUAUAAUUCAUUAUUAAAAUUGGGCACUUAA